GCACCGCCGCUUCGCUUCAGCCACCACGGCUGGGUCACGAGAAAGUUUCGCCAGAAAAAGAUAAUAUAACAUUUAUUCAAAGGGUAGUGUGACGUGGAGUGCCGUGAUUCAAACAUGCGGUGGCUUCCUCUGGCGGUUUGUUGCUACGCAGUUGGUCUAGUAUCAUCGGCACCGACAGAAAGUGAUGAGCCGUACCUGAAAAUAAAAACCCGGACGACCACAUUCAACGUUGGCGAGAGAAGGGCAAUCUACUGCGAAGGACAACAUUUACCUGGUAACCUGGAAUGGUACGACCCUUCUGGCGCUAAGAUACCACCGAGAUCUACCAAAGCUAAGAGAAUAUUCGUGGAACCACGUAUUUCCACUAAUGACGUGCCCACAUUUUUGCCUUUGAUGAUACAGAAAUUGAUACUGGCUGACUCAGGGACUUACAUUUGUAAGGCUGGCGAUCUAAGUAGCAAUAUUACUAUUUUCGUAGGUGAAAAAGUAGUCAUUACAGAAACGGAAGAAGAUGUAAUUGACGAGGAAGGUCAUCACGUUGAACUAUCUUGCCAAGCGAAGGGUACACCAGUACCAGAUAUUCAGUGGUAUGACAAAGACAGCCAGCCUAUAGUCAAUAGUGCAAAAUACAGGAUCACGUAUAAGCCUAGAUCCAGCACUAGUGUCCUAAGAAUAAAUGAUCUGAGUCAUAUGGACCCCGGAAAAUAUAAAUGUAAAGCAACACAGGAGAAGCUAUCACAUUUUGCUGAAAAGUUCUUCCACUUAAGUGUGAGGCAUAAGCCGGUAAUCAUGAAUGAAUACUCGGAGAGUGAAGUGUACGCUAUCUUAGACGAAUGGAAAAAUAUUACAUGCAAGGCAAUCGCAUAUCCUGCGCCAACUUUCACUUGGUCGAAGCACGAUGACAACUAUGAUGAAGAAAUGAGAAACGAUGGACCUGACCAUAAAAUCACCACGUCAAAGGAAACAGACGGGUAUUCCGUGCUGACGCUACACAUUACCAACGAGACGCUGGAAAAGCAGUACAAGUGCACGGUGGAGAACCCCAAGGGCCGCCAGAACUUCAUGUUCCACGUGUCGCUGGGGAACAAACCUGAUCCACCAACUGCUGUUGUGAUGACGUCUGCAACUGCAAAUAAUAUAACAUUCGAAGUUUCCUGUGAGAACUGUACAUUCUUUAAAGACGACGGAAUAGCUCCUAAACCAGAAAAUCUGCCUGUUCUUGGUUACGUCUUCGAAAUUGUGCCGCAUAUGGAAGGAUUCACUGUACCUUACUGGCUGAACGGGACGCAAUAUACGUUCGACAUUACUUCAGACAACGAGACUGUGUUUACAAUCGAAAAUUUGGAAAAGUCUACAGAAUACCACGUACGAGUAGCGACCCGCAAUAUUGCCGGCCAAUCCGACUGGUUCGACGUCGUAGGGUACCCUAAAACAACGGAUGGUGCUGCUGCCUUAACCACAUCGAUUGGAUUACUUAUAUUAGCCUUAUUUUUCUCCUUAAGAUACUAGUUUUUUAUAAGCUUGCUUUUGGUGUACAUUUUGCCUUGGACGGCUAACAUGACUUAAUGAAGGUGUCUCAAAAUACCGUCUCUUUCUUAUCAGUACUCGGUUAAGACUAGUUGACAAGUGUUAUGUAGCGACGUCAGUUUUGUUAGCCAUCUAAUUAUUCAUUUUGUACCGGGGAUAUCGUUACAGCGCCAUUUUCAUUUACUAUCAUGAAGGGUUUUCGUAGCUGAUCCACAUAUUUAGCAUACGUGAUAUCCGAAACGUAAAUAAACGGCAGCGUGUUCUAUCCCUGAGUAAAUAAUUUAAUUGUGAUAAUUUUCACAAAUGUUUUUAAUGUGUAAAUGUGCUAAAAAAAAGCUUUGUUAUUGUAGACCUUGAUAUAAAUAAAACAUUGUCCCUAUGACGACAUUUAUGAGCAUAAACGAAUUGUAGAUAGACAAUACUUGUAUAAGUUACUUUAGAAUAGCUUCAUUGUUAUUUUAUACAACUCAAUAUUUACUAUUACAAUUUAAUAAGACAAGACCAAGGGUUUUAGCUCCGGAAACAGGUAUAAUUU